UCCAGCCGGGUGAAAAGUGCAGUUUCCCCAGGUCUGGGCAGAAGGAGGGCCACCCCUGUCUCUACCUUCCCGGGGGUGCCAGGAGCCAGUUGUCCAGCUGCUGACCCCUGCUCAGCUCGCCAUGGCCCAGAACCCCCAUGGCACCUCCAUCCGCAGGAUGUCUGGCUGCUAAGACAACUCUAGACCCCGGCUCCCUGGCCCACCGUCCUCCCUCCUCUCUGGCUCCCAAGGCUGAUGUGUGGGCCCCCCAGACCAUACUGACACUCUACUGUUCACCACCCCCAAAGACUCCGAGGCGUCCAGGUUUUCUGUCUGGGCAAGACUGAUACAAGAUCCCCGCCCAGCACCAGGCGUGGGUCCCCGAGACUCUCAGCAAGGACUCCCCUGCCCUGGAGAGAAUGGGACUGAAGCAGAAAAAGGUAGUCACAGAUCCCUCGGGACAUCUGCUGGCUAAUCCUGCCUUGUUGAGGGCAAGGCGAACUGUCAGGAUGGGUAAGGCACUGGAAUUAGCAACCUCUGAGCCUGCCAUCUGCCAGCCCAGGAGAGCAGCUGAGCAUGCUGUGCUCAGGAACCAGGUCAUCGAGAGCCCCGAGGCCCUCUCAGACACCCCCCAGCAGAGCACAGACCUUAACACUGGCCACCUGUCUCCCUCCGGUAAGGAGACCGUCAUGGUCACACUCCACGGGGCCACCAACCUCCCCGCCUGCACAGAUGGCUCCGAGCCGUGGCCCUACGUGAUAGUGAAAACCACAUCUGAGGAAGCAAAGAAACUGAACUCCAAGGCAGUGACAUCUGUGACCUCAGAGCCCACCAAAGCCCCCACGUGGGGGGACACAGUCCAAGUGGAGAUCCAAGCUGAGGAUGCAGGGCAAGAAGAUGUGAUCCUCAAGGUGAUGGAUAACAAAAAGAAAGAGGAGCUGAUGUCCUACCAAAUCCCCAUCAAGUACCUGCGUGUCUUCCACCCCUACCACUUUGAAUUGAUAAAGCCCGCCCCGUCUGGGAAAGCCAAGGGAGCCACUGCCAACGCCCACCUGUACGCGACCGUGGUCCGGAAAGGCAGCUUCCUCCCCCGGUACAUCGACUGCAAGCACACGGCUCUGGAGAUCUUUCUCCAGGGAAUCAAUGAGCCUCUGGUCAACAAUUCCAACCCCAUGGUGGUCGUUGCCCGGGUGGUCCCCAACUACAAGGAUUUCAAGGUCAGUCAGAUAAAGCAGGACCCAGCCUCCUUGGGGCUGCCCAUCACACCCCUCUACUUCCCUCUCCCAUCAGCGAUGAGCUUUGAUGUGCCUCGGGUCAGCAGCACCGGGUACCCUCAGCUGGCCAAGCCAGGCGGGCCGCCGGAGCUGCCCCUGUGGGAUCAGUCCUUCCUCUUCCAAGGCCGGGACGGAGCCACCAGCUUCUCAGAAGACACAGCCGUGGUGCUGGAGUACUACUCCUCCCCUUCACUGAGAGGCAGUGAGCCUUGGACCCUCGGCAAGCCCUUGGGCAUCUCCGUGUUGCCACUAAGGAGCCGUCUGUACCGCAAGAUGAUGGCCGGGGAAGGCCUGAAGGGGCUGCACGUGGAGCGACUCCCCAUCACUGACACCAAACUGAAGACCAUAGACGGCAAGGCCCCCACGGUGGAUCUCUCCUUCCAGCUGCUUUCCUCCGAGAGGCCAGAAAACUUCUUAACACCAAGCAACAGCAAGGCUCUGCCCAUCCUGGACCCCAAGAUCUUAGAUGAGAAGCUGGGAACCAUCCGUGAGUCCUGGUCCAAGACCACAGCAAACUCCAUCACAUCCUCUCUGGAGACAGAAGAAGAUACUCAGGUGCUGGAGACCUACCGUGAAACCGAGCUGAACAACUACCGGCGAGCCAUGCAGAAGAUGGCAGAGGACCUCCUGUCGCUGCGGAGACAGGUCGGCACCCUGGAAGCGGAGAACCGUGUGCUGCGGAGGCGCCUGGACCAGGACAGGUUGGAGGAGGAGCAGGACGACAUUGACGAGGUCCAAAACCUGGUGUCCAUGAAUCAGAAAAUGCUAAUUAGCAAGCUGGACAUGAAGAAACUGAGGGACAAGGUGCAAUAUUUGCAGAACGAGCUGAUUCGAAAGAAUGAUCGCGAGAAGGAGUUACUCCUUCUGUACCAGGCUCAGCAGCCACAGAACGCUCUGCUGAUGCGGUACCAGGACAAGCUGCAGAAGAUGAAGGCGCUGGAGGAGACUGUGCGGCACCAGGAGAAGGUGAUCGAGAAGAUGGAGCGGGUGCUGGAGGACAAGCUGCGGGAGAGGAAUGAGCCGCUGCUGAAUAGGCCGCAGGGAAAGCCCGGCGUGGCCUUCCCCACACCUGCCGCCUCUGGCCUUCCCCCGGGGACUACAGGAGAGAAUCUGCCUGCUGACCUCUACUCCGCGCUGCUAGCAGAAAACACCAGGCUUCGGGCAGAGCUGGAUAAGAGCCGGCAGCUGGGGGCCCCCAUCAUUCUACAACAGCAGGCCCUGCCGGUGGACCCCGGGGAGUUGGGCGCAGGAGGAGAUGUGGCAGAGAGGCUGCGAGAGACAGAUGGCCCAACACAGAGCCCGCCCGCACAGGAUCUCCUUGCUACUUCUUCAGACAAGUUUAACCUCUUGGCCAAACUGGAACAAGCCCAGAGCCGAAUCCUCUCCCUGGAAAGCCAGCUAGAGGACUCAGCUCGACGCUGGGGACGAGAGAAGCAGGAGCUGGCCACCCGGCUGCAGGAGCAAGAAUAUGGCUUGGAGCGUCCCGGAAAUGCCGGUGUCACAGCCCUGCCUAACCCCUCAACCCAUCCUGAGGACCAGACAGGACCCUCGAAGCUGGACCCCUUGACGUCAAACUCAGAGGCUAAGCUCGACAAGCCCUCGAACCCCCAGGAGACAUGAGCACUCAAGCAAACUCCCCUUUCUGUGCUGGGGAGUCUUAUCCCCACCCCCUAAAAAUGAUUUUAAUAAAUGCAUUCAUCUCUUUCCUGGAGCAGAGCAGCCUGGGAAGUCUAGC